AUGAGUUCCAAUAAAUACUCUAUUCAUAUAUUUUUGUUUUCCUCAGAGUAUGUUCAAGAUGUGGUAGUCAAUGGGAGUCAUAAACGAUUAAAAAUGGUAGACCCAAACACUAAUGAUGAAGAAACUCUAGUCGAAGACUCUUCAAUUAUUACAUCAUUUUCAAAAAUCAGUACUGCUCUCUUCUACGCCGCUGCGUCCAUGUUGAUCACUGUAGUAAAUAAAUCCGUUCUAACAAGUUACGGGUUUCCGUCCUUCCAGUUUCUAGCCAUUUGCCAAAUGUUUAUGACAAUUUUUGUACUGUUUACAGCCAAAAGUCUUGGAAAACUAAAAUUUCCAGACUUAAAUCGGCACACCUUAAAAGAUACGUUUCCAAUGCCUCUGAUAUAUUUAGGUAACAUGGAGUUUGGUUUGGGCGGAACCAAAGAAUUAAGCUUGCCCAUGUUCACCAUGUUGAGACGUUUCUCCAUACUGAUAACCAUGUUGGGUGAAUACUAUUUGCUCAAUAUUAGGCCCAAGUUCUCUGUCAAGAUAUCGGUUGGCAUGAUGGUCUCUGGUGCUGUUAUAGCAGCAAGUAACGAUCUGGGAUUCAAUUUCAACGGAUACAUGUUCGUAUUGUUUAAUGAUUUCCUGACAGCCGCAAAUGGAGUAUUCACAAAGAAAAAAUUAAACUCCAAAAAAGAAAUGGGCAAAUACGGACUUAUGUAUUACUCAUCAUUGUUCAUGAUACCACCCGCUUUAAUAUUGUUGUAUUUUUCGGGUGAUCUAGAUAAAGUAUACAGAUUCAGUUAUUGGUUGCAUACACCGUUUUUAAUCCAAAUUUUCAUCUCAUCUAUAAUGGGUUUCAUUUUAAAUUAUAGCAUAAUGUUGUGUACUCAGUACAAUUCAGCUCUGACGACAACAAUAAUCGGAUGUCUUAAAAAUAUAUUUGUCACUUAUAUGGGCAUGUUUAUCGGUGGUGACUAUGUGUACACAUUGAAUAAUUUCAUUGGCAUCAAUAUCAGUGUUAUUGGUAGUCUUUUUUACACUUACGUCACAUUCAGACCAUCUGCACCAUCUCAAAUAAAGUUGCCAAAUACUAUUAAUAUAUAA